AGGAGCUCUCCCCCUCUCUCUCCCUCCAAUUCCAUCUAUGUUCCAAUCUUUCAUCGUUCUCCCAACUCUUUAAUGGCUUCUCUCUUCGAUUCCUCUUUUCGAUAUUGCUUUCCCGUUCUCUUCGAUCGAUAGGAGAACUCUUGAUCUUUUUUCUCUUUCUCUCUCUCUUUUUCUCUCGUCUCAUGGCUUCUAUGCUCUGUUUCGCGAUUUUUCUUCAUUUUUCUUCAAAUAUCCCGUAAAAUCAUGAAUCAAAGCCGAAUCUGGAAUCACGAAUUCUUAUAUUUCGGUGAAAUGGUUAAACCUGUGGGAAAAAGGCAAUAUUUUUGGGUAGAAAUCGUGUAGUUUCUUCUGUGGUUGAAGAAAUCGUGCAGGUUUUUCGCUUUUUUUCCUUGUUUUUUAUUUGUUAGUUCUUUAGUUCCUUGUGUUGUUGUUCUGGUUCAAUGAAGGAAGAGACGACAGAGGGGGAAAUACAGCGGAUUUGUUCGCGGAAUGAGAGCUAUUCGAGAGAUUUCUUGAAACGAUUCUCCGGGAAUAUAUUAGCCGAAGAGCAGCCGGAGGCCACCGGCGGGGACUCCGACGAGAUCGAGCUCAGCCUCGGGCUCUCCCUCGGCGGGUGCUUCGGUGCCGACCACAAAGGGAAGAAGCUGGUCCGCUCCUCCUCGAUCGCCUCCUUCUCGUCGUCACCGAGAGAGCCCGAGUUCCCGGUGAUCACCGCCCUCUCCAGGACGAGCUCUCUUCCAACUGAGACGGAGGAGGAGAGGAGAAAGAGAAAGGAACUCCAGAGCUUAAAGAGGAUGGAGGCGAAGAGGAAAAGGUUGGAGAAGAGGAAUUCUUUGAAACAGGGGAGGAGAGUGGAUGAAGAAGGGGAGAAAAGGCGGAGCUUGGCAGCGCCGGUGGUGAUGAAGGUGGGGAAGUUUGAGGGUGCACUCAAUGGGUGCCAUGGAUUUUCCGGUGGCGGUCACUUUGGAGGGUUGAUGAAUGGGGCCGCUCCUCCGGGGACGCCUGGGUGGGCGCCGGGCUCCGGCAGGGUGGUUUCUCGGCAGAUGUCGCAGGGAUCGAUUGGUUCGCAGGGGAGCAGCUCUUCCGGCAUGUCCGAGUACGAUAGCCGGCCGAUGCAAGGGUUCGACAUCUCUGGGUUCAGCAGUUGCACUGAAGCCAGGAGUUCCUUAACAAUCCGGUCAUUGCCAGAAAAUUCCAAUCAUAAAAUGGCAGCCACCCCUCCAACAGCAAUUGUUGGAAAAGCUGUCGGCUCUGUCGGAGGAGGGGAGGAGGAUCCUCCAAAGAAGAUCGCAAGGAGGGCCAGCGGGAUGAAAGAGGUGGAGAGAAACAUGAUGGAAGAGAUGCCUUGUGUGUCUACCAGGGGAGAGGGUCCUAAUGGGAGAAGAAUUGAAGGCUUCCUCUACAAAUACAAGAAGGGAGAAGAGGUGCGAAUAGUUUGUGUGUGCCAUGGCAGCUUCCUCACCCCUGCCGAGUUUGUCAGACAUGCCGGAGGCGGCGACGUCGCCCACCCUCUCAGGCAUAUUGUUGUGAACCCCUCACCACCUGCCUUCUUGUGAUAAUGUUUCCCUAAUAUGUCGACCCAAAAAGAAGUUUUAUUUUUUCUCCUUUGUUUUUUGUUUGGUUCUUUUUCCUUCUUUGGCAUGGAAGAGUGGAGGUUUCUCCUUGUGGAUGAAGGGUGCUUUUAUUCAAGGGGAAAGAAAAAAAAGGUAAAUGAAGAGAUUCUCGCAUCCAUCUUGACUCA